AUGGCUGGGAAAAGACAACACUCGCCUUCCCCAGCCCCAGCAGAAAUCUACUUUUCAGCUCCAAUCCAUGAGCAGACAUCGUCCUUCACAGCCGCCUUCUCUCCCUCGCUCAGCGCAAAAGCCCUCCAAGCGCUGCCCGAGUUCCGCACCGCAACGCACAGGAUCGCGGCAUGGCGCAAGCCCUCGCGGCAAAAGUCACUGAUGCCUGCGUCGCACACUCUGUACGAAACGGGGUAUGACGACGACGGUGAGAAAUGGGCGGGAACACGGCUCAGCAAUGUACUGCGCGACACAUCGACUUGCGGGACCGUGGUUGUUGGGCGCUGGUACGGCGGCCAAAACAUUGGUCCUAUUCGCUUCACGCAUAUUGAAUCGAGUGCCAAGGAGGCGAUUCGCAAGGCCAAAGUCGCAGGCGCUUUGUCAUCUGACAGUGCGCAGCAAGCUUCGAGUUCUGCCAGUCACAAGAAGCAGAAAGUGCAAGAGGAGAAAGAGCGAGAAGAGGCGAGGCGCAAAGAGCUCAUUGGCAAUCUGCAAGAAAGAGAUUACAACAUCUUCGCGUUGCGCAAGCUGCUGAGCGAGAAAAAGGCAAGGUUGCAAGGCGAGGGGCGGGCGGAGCUGCUGACGCCUCAAAAGCUAGUGGAUUACGAUAGCAUGAGCAUGGAAGCGUUGGGAAGGGUGGACAAGGCACGGGAUGCAACGAUUGCGUUUAUACUGAAGCAGAUUGACAAGAUAGACGAGGAGGCGAAGCUUGCGGAGACAUUGGAUGCAAGUGGUGGCGAGGAGGUGCUCAAGGACGCGGACAAGAACAAGCAAGGAAGAAGCACUAGCGACGCCUGA